UAAUGGAAUUCACACUCCUGCGGCUCUUUCACCAUCCUGAGCUGCAGACCCUACUCUUCCUCACCUUCCUCACUAUCUACAUCCUCAUCCUGAUGGGGAAUGCUCUGGUUAUCCUCAUCACUGUGUCUGACCCUGUCCUGCACACCCCCAUGUACUUCUUUCUCCAGAACUUGGCCUUUCUGGAGAUCUGCUACACCUUGGUCACCAUCCCCAAGAUGCUGGCCAACCUUCUCUUGGAGAAGAAAACUAUCUCUUUCUCUGGCUGUGCCACCCAGAUGUACUUCUUCCUAUUCUUUGGCACCGCAGUGUGUUACCUCCUGGCCAUCAUAUCUUAUGACCGCUAUGUUGCCAUCUGCAACCCUUUGCACUUACCAGUCCUCAUGAGCAGGAGGCUUUGCCUCCUGCUGGUCUCAGGAUGCUGGGUCACUGGCAAGUCUGUGUCCCUUGGGCAAACUGCUCUGAUAGUCAGUGUGCCCUUCUGUGUCUCCAACGUCAUCAACCACUUCUUCUGCGACGUGCAGCCACUGGUGAAGCUGCUGUGCCCAGACUCCCAUGUAAAUGACGUGAUGAAAGUUCUAAUGAAUAUCCUGGUCAUCAUCCCCUUCACGCUCAUCCUGGCCUCCUACGUUUGCAUUGUCACUGCCAUCCUCAGGAUCCCAUCGCUGGAUGGGAAACGGAAAGCCAUCCACAUGUGUUUCUUCCACCUCGUCUCUGUUUCCCUGUUCUACGGCAGUGCUGUCUUUAGGUACCUGAGACCCAACUCCGGUUACACGUCGGGCCUGGAUAAACUGCUCUCUCUGCUCUGCACAGUGGCACCUGCCCUGCUGAAUCCUGUCAUCUACAGCCUGAGGAACCAGCGGGUGAAAGCAGCACUGAGAAAAAGGUGGACCGACACACAGCUUCUCAAAGCAUGUGAAUGUGUUUUAUUGUGA